AGUACUCAGUUGUGUUCAAUUAGACAGCUGUCUCCUGAUGAAUUAUGUGCUGUAAAGCAGUCACAUAACUGUGCAAUGGGAGAUCCGUGGACAUUGAAUACAACUUCUCCGUGUAGACUUGAGCAGUCUAGUGCACGAUUUGUGAUUUUUAAUUACUUUCUUCUCUGUUUUACAUUUAUUAUUGGGACUUCUGCUAAUCUGCUUGUGUGUUGGGUCGCUUUCCGAGCUAAAAGUCUGCGCACUGGCAGUAACGCGCUGCUAGUGAACCUGGCCGCUGGAGACUUGAUAAGAAGUUUUGUGGACUCUCCGGUGUUUUUGACCGUAUUAGUUUUGAGAGAGAGGCGCGUGCAGAGCGGCGCGGUGCUGUGCCGCGUUCAGCAGCUCACAUAUUUACUGUGCAGCUGCGCUCAGUUACUCACUCUGGCAGCUAUCAGCGUGGAGAGAUUCCAGACCAUAGCCUUUCCGUUUAGCACAGAGAAAAGGAAAGGACGGAUUCGGAUCUGGAUCCUGAUUAUUUGGAUCUUUGCAGUUACAAUCGCUGUAUCAUCUCUGCUUUUGUCCUUCCCAUCAUGCCGCCAAUUAAACUCACCAAAAUUGCGCCCUUUGCAUGCGCCUUCUUUUGACGCCUAUGUUUUGAUUCCCAUCUGGACCUUAAGUGUCAUUUUGAUAGCCGUUAACUACUUGCGCAUUUUCAUCGUUGUGAAACAACAUUCUAAUAAGAUCUUUGACUCGGGAGUUCAUCCAAGUCUGUGUGUGGUCUCAAGCCGCCGGCUGCCCCAGUCAAGUGCACUAGAGCCGGUCAGAGUUGAUGGGACUUAUCCGUGCCCGGCCUCUGAGAUCGUGGGCGCUGUUUGUGUUCUCACACCUAAAGCCAAAGCGCUGGGCAAGGCCAGAGUAGAGGGGAAGUUGGCCAAGAGGCUCGGCUACAUCAUCGCAAAUGUGGUCCUGUUCUGGAUGCCGCUGCUUCUCCUGCUGGCACUCAGACUGCUGGUGAAUUGCAGCGAAUGCUGUAGCUGGUUAAUGUGGGAGCUGGAGACGUCGGCGACGGUGUUGACGUGUGUACCUGCUGCUGUAGACCCGCUCAUAUACACGUUGCUCCAUCGCCACUUCUACACAGAGUUCCGCAGACUCUUCUGCUCCAUUCUGAGGUGCUGA